AUGUUCUGGGCCCAGGCAGCCCCCACGGCAGAGGCCUUGCUGAGCACCCCCCGGGGCGAAGCUCCCACCUUCUGGCGGGUGCCGGGCUCGGGUUACACCGACCGCUCGCAGCCCUUCCUGCUGGGGCCGCGCAGCUUCGCCCGCCAAUACGCGCACGUCUACGCGGCCCGGCUGGGGGCCAUGAGGCCCGCGCUGCAGCGCCGAGCCCGCCGGGCCUGGGGGGAGGACGUGGCUCUGCGGAAGCUCUGUGAGCUGCGCCCGGGUGAGAAGUGCUGCGUGGUGGGGACACUCUUCAAGGCCAUGCAGCUUCAACCCUCCAUCCUACAGGAGAUCAGCGAGGAGCACAACCUGGUGCCUCAGCCACCCCUGCCCAAGUACAUCCACCCCUCUGAUGAGCUGAUCCUGGAGGAUGAGCUGCAGCGGAUCAAGCUGGCAGGAGCCUUGGAGGUGCAGAAGCUGGUGACAGGGACCGUCUUUGCCGUCUACGGUUCCGAGCAGGAUGAUGGGAAGUUCCUGGUGGAAGAUCAGUGUUUCUCCAGCCUCCCCAGCCCGCUGCCCUGGCAGCGCCCCAGCUCAGACCAGUUUGUGCUGCUGGUGUCGGGGCUCGGGCUGGGCAGCAGCAGUGGGGAGGCCCUGCUGAGCACUCAGCUGCUGGUGGAUGUGGUGACAGGGCAGUUGGGUGCUGAGGGUCAGCAGAGCUGUGCUGCCCACAUCUCCAGAGUCAUCCUCGCAGGGAACCUGCUGAGCCAGAACACCCAGAGCCGGGACACCAUCAACAAGGCCAAGUACUUGACCAAGAAGACCCAAGCUGCCAGUGUGGAGGCUGUGAAGAUGCUGGAUGAGAUCCUGCUGCAGCUCUGUAACUCAGUGCCUGUGGAUGUGAUGCCUGGUGAGUUUGACCCUACCAACUACACGCUGCCCCAGCAGCCCCUGCACCGCUGCAUGUUGCCCCUGGCCAGCGCCUUCCCCACCCUCCACCUGGUCACCAACCCCUACCAGGCUGACGUGGAUGGUGUCAGGUUUUUGGGGACAUCAGGACAAAACAUCAGCGACAUCUUCAAGUACAGCAGCAUGGAUGAUUACUUGGAGAUCCUGGAGUGGACACUGCUGGCAGGACAUAUCUGCCCCACGGCCCCGGACACCCUGGGCUGUUACCCCUUUUACACAUCAGACCCUUUCAUCCUCACUGAGUGUCCUCAUGUCUACUUCUGUGGCAAUGCUCCCCGCUUCCAGUCCAAGGUGCUCAAAGGGGAAGAUGGGCAGCAGGUCCUGCUGGUGGCAGUGCCAGCCUUCAGUGCCACACAGACUGCCUGCCUGGUCAACCUGCAUGACCUCAGCUGCCAGCCCAUCACCUUUGCUGGCUUCAGCACCGAAGAUGAUGAUGGGGACACGGAGGUCCCACACUGA